UGACCUAGUGGUGCUCCGGUUUGCAGAACAACGGUAAACAGGAGAGUGAGGAUGGCAGCAGCAAUUGCACCGCCGUUCAUCCAGGAUUAUCAUCACUCCUUUUACCGUCGCCACUUUCUCUCCCCCGCCGCCGCCUCCUCCUUCUUUCCGACAACAGCCAUCACCACCUCCCUCCGCAGACUCCAUGUUUUCAAAGCUCACAAUUCCCUCCAAAUUAACCACGACUCCAACCAACAACAGUCUCGCUAUUCUCCUCCCUCAACGCUGGUGCCCUCCACGUCGCAUUCCAGGGAUUCAAACAAUCUCCCCUCAAUUCCACGCAAUUCCACUGAUGCUGGUGGGUGUGAGUUGAGGGCUGUCCUUGAACUUGCCACAAACUCUGAACUUUUCGAGAUUGAGAAAAUCCUCUUUGGACCCAGCUACCUUAGUCCCCUGCUGAAAUCCGUUAGUAGUGGGGUGGAAUUGGAUAGAUUCAUGAUUGAGGAGGACUUUGAAGAGCGAGACCAUUUCAUUGAAGUUCUCGAGUCUCGUUUCUUAUAUCUCGCAGCUGAUGCUCGUUCUACAUUGAGAGGGUGGAGGCCUUCAUAUAGAAAUAUUUUGCUUGAUGUAAGAAAAGAGUUGAAAAUUCCAUGCUCUACAAAAUUAUCAACAGAGGACUUAGAGGUGGAGAUUUUUAUUCAUGUACUUGGAGAAUGUUCAAGAGACCGGGAUACUGCCGCUGCUAUAAAAGUUGGGACAGCAGAACUAUGUUCGGUGCUUCUUAAAGGUGGUCAGCUGAUUUCCAUGUUGAAGAUUUCUGAAUUGGUAACGACCAGGUUAUCAGGAAAAUUGCUAUUUGAAGCAGCUAAACAUAAGCUAGACGGUGAAUUUGUUAAAAAGGGGCUUAUUGGGUCUGCAUCGCAAUAUUUUGGGUUUCGCAGUUUAGGUGCAUUCGUUGGUCCACUGGUGUGGGGAACAUUGUUAGCAGAUAUCGUCAUCCAAAUGUUAGGAACUGAUUAUAUAAGGAUCCUGCAAGCUAUUUAUGCCUUUGCUCAGAUCCGUAUUCUUCGCAGACAUGGUUUAUACUUGGAUAAGCUGAGAGCUGGAUUUUAAGGAAGCUGCUGCGGUUUCAUGAACUACUUGUGUACAGUUAAUAGGAUCAAAUACUAGUCUUACGUUAAUACGUUUACCUCUGCUGUAUGAUCUUGGAUAGGCUGAGAGCUGGAUUUUGAGAAGCUGCUGCAGUUUCAUGAAUUUGUGUACAGUUAAUAGAAUAAAAUGCUAGCAUAUAGAAAUAUUUCUCUCUGGUUUGUUAUCUACAAGCUGAUCGAAAAUUGAAAGUCUCAAUUUA